AUGGGGCGGAAGCGCGCUGUGCUGGUGGGCAUCAACUACCCGGGGACGGAGGGGGAGCUCAAAGGCUGCCUCAACGACGUGGCCCGGAUGCGCCGGUGCCUCGUCGACCGCUUCGGCUUCGACGACGCCGACAUACGCGUCCUCGCCGACGCCGACCAGUCCACGCCGCCGCCCACGGGGGCCAACAUCCGGCUGGAGCUGGAGCGGCUCGUCGGUGACGCGCAGCCCGGAGACACCCUCUUCUUCCACUACAGCGGCCAUGGCCUGCAGCUGCCGCCCGAGACCGGCCAGGAAGACGACACUGGCUACGACGAGUGCAUCGUGCCCUGCGACACCAAUCUCAUCAAAGACCAAGAUUUCACUGAGCUGGUGCGAAAAGUCCCCGAUGGCUGCCUCUUCACCAUGGUGUCGGAUUCAUGCCACAGCGGCGGCCUCAUUGACAAGACCAAGGAGCAGAUCGGCAACAGCACCAAGCAGGGCAAGGUCCGGCAGCGGCAGCGAGAGAUGCGACCACCUUCCUCCGGCGCCAACAUGUGCGCCUCGCUCAUUGGAGCCGUCCGUGGCGCGCUCGAGUACAUCGGCAUCCGCCUCCCUCGCCGCGGCAACCAGAAGCAGAGCGCCGACGAGGCGAAGGCGCAGGCCGCCACCGUCGCGAGCCGGUCGCUGCCCCUGUCGACGUACAUCCGGAUGCUCAAGCAGCAGACGGGGAAGGAAGACGUCGGCGUGGGCUCGAUCCGUGCGACUCUGUUCCACCACUUCGGCGAAGACGCCACGCCCAAGAUCAAGAAGUUCGUCAAGGCCAUGCUGACGCGGAACGCUAAGCCGGACGGCGACGAAGGCGGGGAUCAGGCCGACGCUCUCGGGCUCGGGCCAGCCAUGCAGGAGGAGGUGCGAGGCGUUGAGGAGGUGUACGCCGGGGCCGCGGCGAGGGUGCCGCCACGCAACGGCGUCCUGAUCAGCGGUUGCCAGACGGACGAGAACUCGUCGGACCUGACCAUGGCGGAUGGCGCGUCCUACGGAGCACUCAGCAACGCCAUCCAGGCCGUCCUCGCGGAGGAGAAACGCGGGAAGGUGGUGACCAACAGGGAGCUCGUGCUGAGGGCGCGGGGUUUGCUGUCCAAGCAGGGGUACGUUCAGAAGCCUGGCCUAUACUGCAGCGAUGAACAUGCUGAUGCUGCCUUCAUAUGCUGACUAAGCAUGACGAUGUGUUGGCCUACACAUGCGAAAUUGUCCUGACCUCGUGGCAGGUGUGUUUUGUGCCAAUCGUCCAAAUCUUCGAUUUAUCGAAGUAAGAGCCACAAGAGAAAUGACUAGGAUGGCAGGAUUAAAUAUACAAACAGAGUUGACUGGUUUUCAAUUUGUCAUAAGUCGAUUUUUUAGGGUAGUGUUGGGCGUUUCUUGGGGAUAUUUCUCCGGGAUCUCCAAUUUCAGAGCGUGACACAUGUCCAUCUAA